AUACACAUACAUGAUAACCGUCUCGCGGAUCGGAAUCCUGAAUUUUUGGCACCGAAAAUAGCUGGGCGGGUGGCGCGGCUUCAGGGCGGGUUAGUGCGCGCCGCUCCGCCGUGUGAACCGCCCGUAGGUACAACUGGCGUAUUUUUUGUGACCGAAAAGUAAAAAAACAAAGCAGCCACCAUGGACGCGAUCAAGAAGAAGAUGCAGGCGAUGAAGCUGGAGAAGGACAAUGCCAUGGACAAGGCUGACACCUGCGAGCAGCAGGCCAGGGACGCCAACCUCCGUGCCGAGAAGGUCAACGAGGAAGUCCGUGAACUCCAAAAGAAGCUCCUCCAGGUGGAAGAGGACCUGGCUCUCAACAAGAACAAGUUGGAGCAGGCCAACAAGGACCUUGAAGAGAAGGAGAAGCAGCUCACCGCUACCGAGGCGGAGGUGGCGGCCCUCAACAGGAAGGUGCAGCAGAUUGAAGAGGACCUGGAGAAGUCAGAGGAGAGGUCCGGCACCGCCCAGCAGAAACUUCUGGAAGCACAACAGUCCGCUGAUGAGAACAACCGUAUGUGCAAAGUAUUGGAGAACAGAGCACAACAAGACGAGGAGCGUAUGGACCAACUCACCAACCAGCUAAAGGAGGCCCGUCUCCUCGCUGAGGACGCUGACGGCAAAUCCGAUGAGGUAUCCCGCAAACUGGCCUUCGUUGAAGACGAGCUUGAAGGAGCUGAAGACCGUGUCAAAUCAGGUGACGCAAAGAUUACAGAACUUGAGGAGGAAUUGAAGGUCGUAGGUAACUCCCUUAAAUCACUGGAGGUCUCAGAAGAGAAGGCCAACCAGCGUGUAGAAGAAUUCAAAAAGCAACUGAAGACCCUCACCAUCAAACUGAAGGAAGCUGAAGCUCGCGCCGAAUACGCAGAAAAGACCGUCAAGAAACUCCAGAAGGAAGUCGACAGGCUCGAAGACGCAUUGUUCAACGACAAGGAGAAAUACAAGGCGAUAUGUGACGACCUGGACGGCACAUUCGCCGAGUUGACAGGAUACUAACUUCCCUUAGCACUUAGUAUAAGACAGAACCGUCCUUUAGCUGUCUCCAUAUUAGACAUACGAAAUUUAGCCUCUAAAUUCUACCGCCCUAGAUUUUACGUGUUUAUUGGGAAGUCGUCAUAAUAUGUUCUAGAUUGCUAAUAACAUCUCUUUAAUCCUAACCCCAUCGAUAUUUAGAGGAUUGUCCUUAACCUAGAAAUACCUAACGAAUUCCGGACAAUCCUUUAGAAAUCGCCUUCAUACAAUAUAAACCUUGCUUUCUGUGUUGUGAUUAAUAUGUCUUACGCUUUGCUGCUACCGUCGUGGACCAAUGCUUCUAAGACGAGCUGGGAAUCAACAAGGACAGAUACAAGAGCCUCGCAGACGAGAUGGACUCCACCUUCGCCGAAUUGGCUGGAUACUAAACACACAAGCAGCCGCGCUGCUACGAACUCUUCUACUCGUGAUGUAAUUUAUUAAUAUUUAUGUAAAUUUAUUUACGAUUUUCAAUAAAACUUAUUUAUAACAUCUU